GCAAGUAGCGUGACUACACUAGACACAGCCUCAUCUGUCUCGUCAACGUUCACCCGGCCAGGAGCUGAUUUCUGGAGGAAAAAACAAAACCAAGGAUAGACUGAGCAUUAGCGGUUAACAUUACCCUAAUGACUUCUGGUGGCAGAGAUUAACGUGUUCAACACAACAGAAGGAAUGAUCCAACAGCUUAGUGCCGAACGGGUUUUAAAUUUCAAACUCCGCAGAUAUGAAUAUUUAAACAGUCACUGACCUAAUCCGAGAAUUGCCCGUGUCUGGUGUUGGGGAGUAUAAAACCCUUUUGUCAACCUCUGGAACGACAGAAGGAAAUUGGAGUUCAUAGCGGGAGCUUGUUAUACGCGGUUCAGUGGACCGAUAUUACCCUCCAUCAACACUACUUCAGGAGUAUCAACUUCAACUGUUCUGAAUACUGGGAUCGUUGUGUAUGAAAAAAGGCACGGUUUGGGAAUGACUGCUAGGAUGUUAAAUGGAUUGGAAGCAGUGUACAAAGCCACAAAGCAGACUUGGUACCCAGUGUGUCAAUAGAGUUGGCUGGCAAAAAGGUUUGACCGUCUGUGUAUGUUGUUCGCCGUCUACACAACAAAACUGGAUUCUAUUCGUAUAUUUCGAGAGUUUUUCAGCAAGCCAAUAAUCAUACUGUCUCUGAUUCGCAUGAGCAUCGUCAGUGAACCAACCUAUCUGCAGUAUCGUCGCAUAUUCUCGUGGAUUCUCGAGGACCUCUCAGCUGUCUACGAUGACAUCUUCACGGGAUGCGUUGCUCGCGUCAGCCAUUCUUGUCUCUCUUGCAGUGUCGUGUCUCAUCGGUGUACAAGGCCACGCGAUCAAGAUCAAGACCGCGAAUAUACCUCGUUUGGAUGGAGCCCGAGGACCCAACGCAGAUAAGAUUUUCAUUGGCAGCACAAGAACAAAAUCUGGAGAUGGUGACGUCUUAAGUGAAGAAGAGGCACUAUUUGCUGGUUCCAAUACAGAUGUGUGUGGCAAGCGACCCACCCAUCCGCCUAUUUCAAUGUGGCCAAGGCGCAGUGCGGCCCGCGUGGUGGCUGGAAUCGAGUCUAGCAAUCGCUGGCCGUGGCAGGUCGCCCUGGUCAAUAAGACGUCCAAGGAGGCGAUCUGUGGAGGCACGCUGAUCGGUAGGGAUCACAUCGUCACGGCUGCACACUGCUUCGACAACGAAGAAUGGCACGAGGACAACAUCCUCGUGGUCCUUGGCGAGCACGACUGGUCGAGACCGGAGGGUACAGAGCAGCGAUUCCCGGUCGACUGCAUCCACAUCCACCGGCAGUACGUCAAGGGAAUCCCGUACACCAACGACAUCGCCGUGGUCAAACUCAAGACAGCUCCGGGCCACGAUGUCGUCAUCAACGACUAUGUGAUGCCCGCCUGUAUGCCAGAGAAGAAUGAGUUUAAAGCGGGAGACAUGUGCUUCGUCACGGGAUGGGGCUACACAAAUUUUUUGGACUUCACGUUAGGACGACGUCCAAACAUCAUCAACCAAGCCCGCCUCCCGAUCCUCAGUCGUAAGGAAUGCCGAGGAGCCUACGGCAGUUUCAUCUCCAACAGAAUGAUCUGCGCGGGUUACCUGGAAGGAGAACGGCGAGCCGACACCUGCAAGGGGGACAGCGGUGGGCCGUUAGUUUGCCAGCAGGUGGACGGGAGCUGGAAGUUGGUCGGAGUUACUUCCUGGGGAGAGAACACCUUCUGUAACCCGUCGCCUCGGGACGCCGUCCCCGGUGUUUAUACCAAGGUCGACAAGUACCGAAAGUGGAUCGAGAAAACUGUCGACAUCAAAAAGUGUCGGACUCGAAGAGCGCCAGUGCUGUAGAUUAAUGUUAAUGUUAACGAGACUAUCUUGUCAUGAUGACCACGGACGCAGAAGAGCGCCUUCUCGUGGUGUGUACAUAUACAUGUAUUUGUAUGAGCUCAGUGUUUCCCGACUGGCUUAAACUGUUACCAGUCGCUCGGGAGGAUUCCAAUAGCUUUCAAAGCGUUUCUGAUUGCUGCUACAACUUCUUAACUUAUGGAAAAGCGUCUGUGAUUAAGUCUAGACAAUAAUAGUAAAGCUAAACGAUACAUAAAUGAGCACUGUCACGACACAUUGAGCCAUUUAUUGUGUAUAUACUGAGGCUUGUUUAUAGGUCCCGUGUAUUUCUACCUCAGGAAAUUGCAUUAUUCUCUAAACUGUAAAAACAACGCUGUACAAAUCUAAAGCAUUGUUGAUAUUUAAGCUAUUUAUUGAUAUAUAAGCUAUAUGUAUGAAACUGAAAUUACUCUAUAUGAUUAUGUAUAUUAUCUCCCUAAAUAUUUUUAUACGUAGAAUUCAUUAUUUAUAAUCAUGCGCAUUGCUGGCAUUAUGUAAAUAUUGUGAAUACAGCCUAUUAUAUCCCAACUUGUCAACAUACCGAUUUGUCAUUUUUGCCUCCGUGGAAAGUUUCGUUUCGUGGGUUCGAUCAUCGACAAGUUUGAACGAAACAAUUACAAACAACAAGCAUACAUGUAUUUAAGAAAAAAUACAAAAACUAUGGGCUUCUUGAAAUUUAUCUAUGCGAGGUUAUUCUUAUAGUGGAGUAUAAAUACACGAAUUUAUCAAUUUGAC